GGGAGCGCGCCCUCCAAUGAGGAGCCGGGGGCGGGCCCGAGGCCGCUGACGCGGCGGUGGCGGCGGAGUCACCCGGGCAGCCUCGGGACCGGUCACCGGCCGGCAACCGUCCAGCGGCCUCGACCACCGCCUUUGUGCUCCGUCCUCACUCCUCUUUUCCGGGCCGAGAGGCAGCGUGGCCGACAGCGGUUGAAUUCUCUCUCAUCCCUGUCGGUGGCUCGCCUCAGGCGGGCCGUCUGCUCCUCGGGGGGCCGCCUCGGUGGGGCGAGGUUUCCGUGACGAACCUCCUGGGGCUGCCCGCGCCCGCUCGGGCCGUCGUGGUGGCCCGGGCUCGUGGAACCUGCUCACCCUCCGGGGGUCCGGGACCCUCGAAGUUAUGCGUCUCGUCCGGGCGGUGGCGGCGGGUGCCAGCCCCUAAAGGGCGUCACACCCGGACUCCGCUGACUGGACAACCUCCAUUCAUCUUCCAGCUGUGCCGCCAGCGCCCUCUCCCUCUCCGGUCCCCUCCUCGGACUCAUUUUUUCCUUCCCCACCCCCCCCCCCCCCCCCCCGCCGCCCUUUCCUCACUCCCUGGGUGCGGCGAUUCUCCUGCGACCGGAGGUGUCGGUUAUGAGCCGGACCCUCCUGCCCUGAAUUUCUCCGCCGAGGAGCUCGGCGGCGUCCCGCCGCCCGCCGCUUCACCGGGAUGGGGGUGAACGCCGUGCACUGGUUCCGAAAGGGGCUCCGGCUUCACGACAAUCCCGCCCUGAAGGAGUGCAUUCAGGGCGCCGACACCAUCCGCUGCGUCUACAUCCUCGACCCCUGGUUCGCCGGCUCCUCCAAUGUGGGCAUCAACAGGUGGCGAUUUUUGCUUCAAUGUCUUGAAGACCUUGAUGCCAACCUGCGAAAAUUAAACUCUCGUCUGUUUGUGAUUCGUGGACAACCAGCAGAUGUGUUUCCCAGGCUUUUCAAGGAAUGGAACAUUACUAAACUUUCAAUUGAAUAUGAUUCUGAGCCCUUUGGAAAGGAACGAGAUGCAGCUAUUAAGAAACUGGCUACAGAAGCUGGAGUGGAAGUAAUUGUACGAAUUUCACAUACAUUAUAUGACCUAGACAAGAUCAUAGAACUAAAUGGUGGACAACCACCUCUUACUUAUAAAAGAUUCCAGACUCUCAUCAGCAAAAUGGAACCACUAGAGAUGCCAGUAGAGACAAUCACUUCAGAAGUGAUAGAAAAGUGCACAACUCCUCUGUCUGAUGACCAUGAUGAGAAAUAUGGAGUCCCUUCACUGGAAGAACUAGGUUUUGAUACAGAUGGCUUACCUUCUGCAGUGUGGCCAGGCGGAGAAACUGAAGCACUUACACGUUUGGAAAGGCACUUGGAGAGAAAAGCUUGGGUGGCAAACUUUGAAAGACCUCGAAUGAAUGCGAAUUCCCUGCUUGCUAGCCCUACUGGACUCAGUCCUUAUCUCCGAUUUGGUUGCUUGUCAUGUCGACUGUUUUACUUCAAACUGACAGAUCUCUACAAAAAGGUAAAGAAGAACAGUUCCCCUCCCCUUUCCCUUUAUGGGCAACUGUUAUGGCGUGAAUUUUUCUAUACAGCUGCAACAAAUAAUCCACGCUUUGACAAAAUGGAAGGAAACCCCAUCUGUGUUCAGAUUCCUUGGGAUAAGAAUCCUGAGGCUUUAGCGAAAUGGGCAGAAGGACGGACGGGCUUUCCAUGGAUUGAUGCCAUCAUGACACAGCUUCGUCAGGAGGGUUGGAUUCAUCAUUUAGCCAGACAUGCAGUUGCUUGCUUCCUGACGCGAGGUGAUCUGUGGAUUAGUUGGGAAGAAGGGAUGAAGGUAUUUGAAGAAUUAUUGCUUGAUGCAGAUUGGAGCAUAAAUGCUGGAAGUUGGAUGUGGCUGUCUUGUAGUUCCUUUUUCCAACAGUUUUUUCACUGCUAUUGCCCUGUUGGUUUUGGUAGGAGAACAGAUCCAAAUGGAGACUAUAUCAGGCGUUAUUUGCCUGUCCUAAGAGGCUUCCCUGCAAAAUAUAUCUAUGAUCCCUGGAAUGCACCAGAAGGUAUUCAAAAGGUAGCCAAAUGUUUGAUAGGAGUUAAUUAUCCUAAACCAAUGGUGAACCAUGCUGAGGCAAGCCGUUUGAAUAUUGAGAGAAUGAAACAAAUCUAUCAGCAACUUUCACGAUAUAGAGGACUAGGUCUUCUUGCAUCAGUGCCAUCUAAUCCUAAUGGGAAUGGAGGCCUCAUGGGGUAUUCUCCUGGAGAAAAUAUCCCAGGUUGUAGCAGCAGUGGAAGUUGCGCUCAAGGGAGUGGUAUUUUACAUUAUGCUCAUGGAGACAGUCAGCAAACUCACCUACUAAAGCAAGGAAGAAGCUCCACGGCCGCUGGUCUCAGCAGUGGAAAACGUCCUAGUCAGGAAGAAGAUACGCAGAGUAUCGGUCCUAAAGUCCAGAGACAGAGCACUAAUUAGGUAAAUAUUUUAGAGCUUUAUUUCUUGCUUUAGCAGAGUAUGUAAUCAAGAUAAAUUAAGAUAAUUUACAAAAUGGAGCUAAUCUCUAUUUUCAAACCAGAAAAUCUGAGGCAUAAAUUUUUCAGUGAUUGUUACAAAAUCAGUUAAUUUUUAGUCAAGAGAAAUAUAUCUGUACUGGACAAAGUGCUGAACGCAGUUUUAUGGUCAUCUGAACUGAUGAUCUUCAAAUUUGAAAAGCUUACAAUGUUGUGCUCAAGUUUUUCUUUCAGAAAAAGCCAUCCUUUUCAUUUCCUUCCUGUGUGACCUUGAGUCUAAAACAAUUAAAGUGACUUUUUUAUUUUAGUGGUAUUAAUAUAAUCCCUUUAUGCAAAUUUCCCCAAACCUUCUCUUAAGUGUUUAUAAAUUUCUUUUGUCUAUUGUGAUAUUUCUAAAACCUAAAUUAUUUCCAGUUUGGGAAGAGUUUAAGUUGUUUUAAAUGUUGGUCCUUUUUGUCAAAAAGCCAUGCCUGUAUUAGUUUAAUUGGUUAUGGGAUACUAUUUUGUGAUUCAAAUUUACAUGAAAAGUAUUCAUACAGUACAUUUGCCAGUUUUUAAAGACUUGUUUCUUGAGUUAUCUUGAACUGUUUACAUUUUUUAAAUCAUUCGGUUUUUUAGUGCCAAUAUAAUUAGUCUGUAAAUUUCUUGAAGAUCAGUAAACACUCAUCAGAUUUUUGUCAUUCUUUGCAAUCAAGCUUUACCCAGGUUUUUUUUUUUCCCUUAAAUCACAGAAAACAUUCAGAAGGAAUACUGUUGCAGCUGAAAUUGGUGGGGAGUUCAAUACUUUUUCAGUUAAAUUAUUUUAAAAUGUUCUUCGUUGACGGAAAGCAGUUACAUAUUGAAAUGCAUUAUUUCUAAUAACAUUUCAGUGGUUUUUAACUUUUUAAUGAAUUUGACAUAGGACAAAUGGUAAUUUGUAUAUAAAGAACUUGGUAAAAGAAUUUGCUUAAUGUAAAUAUAAAUAGUCACAAUUAGUAUAGACCCAUCAAUAUAUUUUUGAUAAUUUUUCAUGUAUGGUAAAAAUUAAAGUGGCAAACUGAUAUUCGAUAUUAAAAUCAAAGUUUUGAGAGUCAGUGUGGGAAAAUAGGUUUUUAGACGUUCUUAAAAGACUUUGUUAAAAUUUUAAGACAAUUUUUCUUGACAUCAUUAUUUGGUCUAACUUUGCACUCUUUGAUAAUAAUGUUUUAGAAAAUGUGCGUAAUCAAAAUUGGUAGUUAUAGCCUCUGUUAACAUAGACAAUAUAUGUUUUAAAACUUCUUGUAUGCCUGUUUUGACCCAAAGUUGUGGAAAUAUCAUGUGUUAAGUUCUUCUUGUCUCCCUUUCUUUGUUCAGUUACAGUUAAAGUGACUUUGUUAUUAAAGUAUAUGCAUAUAUGGAAUCUUGUGUACUUGGUGGUUGUUUUUUUUCCUUUUUUUUAAAAAUUUU